AGAGUAGCCUAUGAGCAGUGAGGAUUUCUGCUCAGGCUUCUGCAGGGGCAGCUAAGCAGGACCUACAGCUCAUGUGUCAGAUUGGAGUCAUUCCAGUCACUCUGUGCAACAGGGAGCUGGAGCUGAACCUCUUCUGUGCAUCAAGACACUCUGCAAACAUGGCUGGUAAAAUUCAGGGUCUGACUGAAGAGGAGAGGGCCCACCUACUCCCCCUGCUACGCAACGCCCAGUGGGUGGAGGUUGUGGGACGGGACGCUAUUUACAAAGAGUUUCUUUUUAAAGACUUCAAUCAGGCUUUUGGUUUCAUGUCCAGAGUGGCUUUACAAGCAGAGAAGAUGGACCAUCAUCCUGAGUGGUUCAAUGUCUAUAACAAGGUCCAGAUCACUCUCAGCACACAUGACUGUGGGGGGCUGUCCCAGCGAGACAUCACUUUGGCCACCUUCAUUGACCAGGCAUCACUGAUGUGAGCAACAUUUCAACAAUAAAAACUUAAGUGCUUUGUAUAUUCAUUCCACUGAGGAAUCUGAAGAUGUGACCUGCAAAUCCAAAGAAUAUGAACCAGCUACUUCCAAUGAAUUGUGAAUAAUGUAGCUGUAUUAGACUGCAAAGGGUUCAAUGUUUUGGUUUGCACUUAGUGAAUAAUUAUUAGCCAAAGGUUAAUGAUAAAAUGUUUACACAUUAAAGUCUUAAGAAUCAUGUUAUUUCUCAGAAACUAUUCCAUAGAACAUUUACAGUGGUACGCGUGACUCUGUCACAACUAGUCUUUUGUGCCAAUGUUUUUGUACUUUACUGUUCAUAAAUGUUAUUUUCUGUCAAA